AUGUGAGCGGAGGCAGGACGGGACUGAGGGGACAGAGGGACGGAGGGACAGCGGGACAGACAGGGUCUCUCCGCCCGUCUCGCACAUGAUCGGACUAUGAGUGCAGCGCGGGAGAGGAGCGAUCGCGUCGUUUACAGUGUUUUUUUUUUGUUUGUUUUUUGCCCUUUUCCUUCCGUUAACAUUUCUUGUUUGACUGCGCGGACACUGAUGUGUGAGGAUCAGUGAGGAGCCGCGAGCCGCGAUGGAGCCCGUGACCAAGUGGACGCCGAAGCAGGUCGUGGACUGGAUGAGAGGACUGGACGACAGCCUCCAGCAGUACGUCGGCAACUUCGAGCGGGAGAAGGUCAACGGGGAGCAGCUGCUGAAGAUCUCGCACCAGGACUUGGAGGAGCUGGGCGUGACGCGGAUCGGACACCAGGAGCUGGUGCUGGAGGCCGUGGACCUGCUCUGCGCUCUGAACUACGGCGUGGAGACGGACAUCUUGAAGAACCUGGUGGUCCGGAUGAGAGCCGCCUCCGGCGACGUGCGCGCGUACGCGUCCGAGCGCCGCGGGAGCCCGUCGUACGACGGGAGGACGUCCCGCAAGCCCCCCAACGAGUUCCUCACCUCCGUGGUAGAGCUUAUCGGGGCGGCCAAGAGCCUGCUGGCCUGGCUGGACAGGACCCCUUUGACAGGAAUCAGUGACUUCACCACCACAAAGAACAAGAUCAUCCAGCUCUGCCUGGAUCUCACCACCACCGUUCAACAGGACUGCACUGUCUACGAAAUGGAGGAGAAGAUUCUAGAAGUUUCCAAGGUCUUGAAUGGCAUCUGUGAGCAGACCAUGAGAACUACCUCGGACCCCCUGACAAGCCAAGCCACCUGCCUGGACGAGGUCCAACUCGUCGACGUGAAGCCUGGCGAAGGACUGGGCAUGUACAUCAAGUCCACCUAUGACGGACUCCACGUCAUCACUGGCACCACAGAGCAUUCCCCUGCCGACCGCACUGGCAAAAUCCACGCCGGAGACGAGGUGAUCCAGGUCAACCAUCAAACGGUGGUGGGGUGGCAGCUGAAGAACUUGGUGGCGAAGCUGCGAGAGGACCCGGCCGGCGUGAUCCUGGUGCUCAAGAAGAGGCCCACGGGCAGCUCGGGAUUCACCCCGGCCCCCCUCAAGAACAUGCGCUGGAAGCCCCCCCUUGUGCAGAGCACUCCUUCCCUGACCAAAGGGCCGUCUCCAACUGGGACAGGAUGCAACUCCAUUAAAAAAGAGAAGCCAGCCAUCCUGGACCUCUACAUCCCCCCACCACCCUCGGUCCCCUAUACACCCCGAGACGGGAGGACCAGCUCGCACACAAACCUCAGCAAGAAGCCCAAAGGCUCCGAGUCGCCCAACUCCUUCCUGGACCUGGAGAGCAGGCGGCGCUUCACCAUCGCCGACUACGACAAGCUAGGCGUCUACCCUGUAGAGGCCAAAGUUCUGCAGACCCGGAUGAGAGAGCGAACUCCUUCUCGUGGUAAGCCCCGCCCCCUUUCCAUGCCAGUGGACACCUGUCUUGGGUCAACUGACCCCUUUGCCAGGCCUUGGAUGCCAGGACGAAAAGGGGAUGACCUGCUGUGCAGGUACCUGAGUAACGAACGGAUCCCCACGAUCGCGGAGGAGACGCCGUGCGGCCGCCGAACCGUCAGGGCCGCCGGCGAGCGACAGCUGGCGCGAGGCGUGGACCACAUCCGCGGCAGCCGCCUGCUCGUCGGCGCCGACUUGCACGGCAGCGCCACCAUCCCUUACCAGGAGGAUCCCCCCAGGAAGACCGCCGCCACCAAGUCCCGCCCCACGGAACCCUCGCUGCUGGUGCCUGGCUGGGGAACUCGCAACAGAAUUUUCGACAGAUACCAGUCUGGCAUCCGGUCCUGGUCCUUCUCUCAGGCGGCCUCUUUCCCCAUUUCACUGGCACCCAUGGCAGCUGACACUUACAACCCAGUCUCCUUGCGACCCAAGUCCAGGAAGAAGAGUCGAGGCAAUGCGACCAUGAGCCGGAGGAGGAUCUCCGUGAAGGAGCUGGGGCAGGUGGAUCACCAAGGCUGGCUGUACCGGAAGACGGAGGGCAAGGGCUUCCUGGGGAUCAAGUGGAAGAAGUACUGGUUCGUGCUGAAGAAGACGUCGCUCUACUGGUACACCAAUCAGGUGGCGGAAAAAGCCGAAGGUUACAUAAACUUGACCGACUUCGUGGUUGACCGGGCAUUGGAGUGCAAGAAGAAGUACGCCAUGAAGGCCUGCCACCCCCAAGUUAUGAUAUUCUACUUUGCGGCGGAGAACGGCGAAGACAUGAACACGUGGCUGAAUAAACUGGGACUGGCUGCCAUUCAGUACGGGUCGACGGAGAACACGGGAGAGUGCUACAGCGAAGCGAGUGAUCACGAUGAGGCCGACUCCGGUGACACCGCCCCUCCCCCCUAUUCGGAAGAACUGACCGCGGACCCUCAGAGUGUGCCACCCCACUACACUUCACCUCCUCAAAGUGAGGCCUCAGGCUCCGCCUCCUCUCCAGUUAGCACCAUGACAUCCCAGAGCUCUGCGUCCUCGAUGACCAAGAAUCGCCGGUCCUGGCUGGACAUCGUCUCGCAGUCGACCUCCGCACCCGUUCACUUGUCGUUCCCCCUAGAGGCCGAGGGGGAGAACGGCGGAGCGGCGCCCCAGGGGGAACCGGAGAGAUCCUCUGGGACAAAGUGCAUGGAGGAGGAAGCCGCAUUGGAUGAAAUGGAGCGCUUAUACAUUCACCUUAAGGAGGCCAGCCUGUCUCCCAUCGGGGAUCGGAAACCAUCCACAAAAAGGGACUUCAGAAAGUCGUUCAUCAAGCGAUGCAAAAACCAGACUAUGAACGAGAAACUGCACUUCAUCAGGACUCUGAACAGCACCCUCAAGGCUAAAGAGGCAGACUUGGCGGCCAUAGAGCAGAUUCUGGGGGAUCCCAACCUGACGGCGCACAAGUACAGGGAGUGGAAGGAGGCAAAUGUGCUGUUGUGGCAGGACACCUGUAACGAUCCUCGCCAGGGUGGCGAGGAGCACCUGGCUGCGGAAGCCAAUGCGGCACCGUACACGGAGAGCAGCGUGUGAGGAACCCGGUGCGUAGGGCCCCCGCUCGUGGCCCCCCACCUGUAUUGACUUGUAGCGGUUCUCCGGUGCCUGACCAAACUGCUGAUCCUGAACACGAGCGGAAGUCAAUGUGUGCUGCACUCAGAGGCCUGGAGAUCUCCGAACAGCCACUCGCUCGCUCUCGGCACCGUUGUAAACACUCAUGUUUUUAUCCGCUGUCUUGUGAGGAUUUUUUUAAAAGUGAUUUCCAGCACAAGGUUGUUCUUGGUUUUCCUUAUGGACAUAAGGAGAGCUGAAAAAUCUUGCUGUCCAACUGCUCAUGUGGAGACUGAAGACAGUGCUGUCCCCUCUCUCUCUCUCUCUCUCUCUCUCUCACCCACUUCUUAGACCUCCUGCACCGCACUUUUUCUUCUCUCAUUUUUUAAUGAUCCUGGAACAGUGGUAACCUGCAUUAUUUGGCUGUUCUGUCUUUUUUUGUUUGUGUUUUAUUUCUGCAGUGUUUUGUGUGACUGCAAAACACAGCCAGAUAUAUUGGUACAUCUGACAUUUUUCCAGUUGUUUAAACUGCUGCCUCAUCUCAAGAUGCUCCUCUCUCAAGCAAACCAAGUUUCUAAAUUUGCAGCGCUGCCUACGCGCUUGAAAAAGCGCUUGGGUUGCCGUGACUUGGACAUGCCUUAACAGUAUCGGAAGCACGGUGAUGACUGGUGAAUCCUGUCUGUCAGUCGCGUGACUCUUAAGGACUUCUGUAAGUGAAAUCAAAUAAGGUGCAAGUAUAUAUUGUAUGGUUUAC